GAGGAGGAGGGAGGCGCACGGGAGGCGGGAGAUGGCCGGCGGCGUGGUGAACUACCCGCUCGUCGCGGGGCUCAUCGCCUUCGCGCUCGCGCAGUCCACCAAGUUCUUCACAACCUGGUAUAAAGAGAAGCGUUGGGAUGCCAGGCAAUUUAUAGCUUCUGGAGGGAUGCCAUCAUCUCAUUCAGCCACAGUGACAGCACUUGCAGUGUCUGUUGGAAUCCAAGAAGGCUUUCGUAGUGCCACAUUUGCAACUUCAAUGAUACUUGCAUGUGUGGUGAUGCAUGAUGCUUUUGGUGUUCGGUUACAUGCUGGAAAACAGGCAGAGGUGCUGAAUCAAAUUGUCUACGAGCUGCCUAUAGAGCAUCCACUCGCAGAGACAAAGCCAUUGCGUGAAAUUCUUGGACACACAGUUCCUCAGGUGGUGGCCGGUUGCAUCCUUGGAAUCCUCACAGCUGUAGUUAUGCUCUUAGCUCUGGGUAGUUACUAGCCACGUUGCUCCUAGAUAUUGGCAAUACUUGGAUCAUCAAAUAUCAGAUCGAUGAUGAGUGUUGUCUUGUAAAGAAUGGAAAAAUGUUCUCCUCUUUGAUGUGAUGUGUACAAGUGGUUUGUUCAUGAUGGUGCUACAAGUUUUAACUGAUUUUAGAUCCGUGUCGUAGGAUGGAGGUUGUAACUGCAGUUGGUACUGUAAAUCUGAGAUGUCUACUGUCGAUCAGAACCUCAUGUUGAAUGUUUGCUGUACCGCUAGCAAGUGAUGUGUAGCUUCAGGGGCGAUGAAUCUGAAUAGCUGAGAUCAUGUCAUCAACUUCACCUUCUGGGUACGGAAUUAUUUAUAAUUGUAUUUGAUCCAA